AUGAAAUGUGCUUACUUGGAGUUUAUUGCAGCCGUAUGGGGUGACUUCGCUUAUCGGCAUACCAAAUUAACGUUUGAAAAGCCGGUUGAUCCCGUCAAGGAAACGCUCAGUCGAGCUAAAGGGAGAACUCUCUACGAUAAGAUUGGUACCAUUUCCUGCGACAGAGACAUGCUGAAAGCCUCUCCGUCUUACUAUGUACAGCCUUCUACAAAUGAUGCUGCUCGUACAGCUCCAGCUAAGCGGAACAAGCAGAGGGCCAACGUCUUGCACUACUUUGAGAUUCAAGAAUCAUCAUUAAUAUUCCAGCCGGAUGCUGACGAAAUAGAAAAUCGUGGAAAGAGAAGUCGUCCUAGUCCAAGGAUGUCUCGAGAAGACAAGAUGCAAGACUGUACUGUUGAAGUGACUCGAUUAUGA